UCCUCCUCUCCCCCCCUAUCUCCUCUCACCAUCUCCUCGCAUCUUAUCUCAGCUACAACCUGCAUUCUAUCCCUGACCCGAACUGGAUCCCUAAUCCUUAUCUCUCUGUCCCAGCCCCAACCCCUCCCAUAACAACCCCACUUCCAUCCUUCAAUUCCAAUUCCAACCCAUCCGCUUCCUUUCCCAUCACAUUUUUAUUCUCAUCCCCAAUGCUAAUCCCGGUUGUAAUACUAUUCCCAACCACCUUGGGUCCACAUUCUGGUCCUUAACCCAUCACCGGCCAUCGUUGCUGAGAUCCUUUUGCCCCCAUGGGUACAAACAUCGUGCUGGAGUGGCUGAAGAGCCUGAAGUUGAGCCAGUACGGCGAGUCCUUCUUGGACAACGGCUACGAUGACCUGGAGGUCUGCAAGCAGAUCGGGGAGCCAGACCUGGACGCGAUUGGAGUUGUGAGCCCCGGGCACCGCCGUCUCAUCAAAGCGGCCGUGGCCCGGCUCCGGGAGGAGGAAGAGACGGGAGCGGUGGUCUACUUCACGUUGGAGCCGUGGGCAGGUGCCCUUUGCCAACCCUACAUCUACGCCAAGCUGAAGGAAUGCCAGCCCCGGCUCAGGACCCUGUUGUGGAGGAGAACGCGAGGCGCCAACAAGGACCCGCAGAGCGCCACGGGGUCAAAGAGGAGAGCGGGCCACAAGAAGAGGGUGAUCUAUUCCAAACUCAUGCUGAAGAUCAAAGAGAAGCGACGGCGAAGCGGCAGCUAUUCGCGGAAACCCUCUUAUAGCAAGGAUGGAUCACUGGGACACAUUGAUGACCUGGCUCAGCAGUGCACCGAAUACUACAACGCUUGCCUCAGUGACGGUGCUGAACAGAUGGAAGAACUCUACACACGUAGUGCUUCGGAGAAUCACGAACUGGAAACUUCGGCUGCCAAUCCACCAUCCCCACAGCUGCUGUCUGAGACUGGAGAGUCACGUGCAUUGGGCAGUGCAGUAUCAACACCAGAGAGUGAAAGGAAGCAUUUGAUUUGUAAGUCGAACUCAGAAGAUGGAUCAGUUGGAAGUGCUGACUGGAAAAAGAAAAAUAAAUCCUUUUGGCAGGGUUUUCGGAAACUGCAGAAGGGGAGUGCAGUGCGGGAAUUAUGCAAAGGAGAUGAUGUUGGAUUCGUGGCCAGUGAGAUUACCAUGAGUGACGAAGACCGCAUUGAGCUGAUGAUGAUGGUCAAAGAUAAGAUGAUAACAAUAGAGGAGGCGCUUGCCAAGGUAGAGGUAUCCGUGAAGCUCAAAGAAUAUGAGUGUCACAGUAAGGUUUCUCCAAACGCAGAUUCAGCCCACUUGGCACGUGGGACCCAGGAGCAGUUUGAUGAAUCCUCCGAUGGUGGUAUAUGGGAACAGUUGGAUGAUGAAGUCCAAGAGGUGAAGUUUAAAAGGCUCCACAAGUUGGUUUCUUCAAAACGCAGAUCAUCGAAAAAGAAACUCGUCAAAGUGGAAGAAUUAAAGAAUGCACCUAUUGCAGAAAGCACUUGUGAUGGGACCUGCAGCAAACAGCUGGAGUCUCUGCAGGAUGAAAGAUCGCUGAGUUUUUUCAGGCCAAAGGGCAACAAGGCACAACUCUGCUUGAAUGAGUCAUUACAGAAAACUACUGUGGAAGAUCCUGCAACCUCGACUACUCUUUGUGGCUCCCUGUCUCCCAGCAGCCUGGAAGGACAGACUGGGAAGAAGCUUCUCGAGCCACUCCACUUGUCAUCUGAGAUCGGUGCCAUAAUGCCUCCAAAGAAAUCUGGGAAAAAGUAUUCUGAUCCUGAGUGCAGUGAAGGCAAGUCACACAAGGCUACUCGCUCGCCGACUGACAGUGAGCUGUUCAGAAGCCCGACGACUCAGAAUCAAGGGCAGUGUGAUUGUAAAGACAGCACCAUCAGUGAAAAGGGGGGCACGACAAAAUCGCCCACAACUUCACGGAAAUCGCUGAGCAGAAAGGUCAAGUCGGUGAAAGAAACUGUCAGAAGGAAAAUUACAAAGACAUACAGUGGCACCCCAACUCCCCAGUUGACGACGGAAGGAAUGGCGGCCACUGUGCAACCUCCUGAACCAGCUGACCGAUCCCGACUCAAGCUGGCUGGUGGUGGCUCUGUGGAGAGUCUGCGGAGCUCCUUGAGUGGCCAGAGUUCAAUGAGCGGUCAAACAGUGAGCACCACAGACUCGUCAGCCAGCAACAGAGAGAGCGUGAAGUCAGAAGAUGGAGAGGAGGAGGAGUCCGCCUACCAGGGGCCUUUCUGUGGCCGUGCGAGAGUCCACACUGAUUUUGUCCCAAGCCCAUACGACACAGAUUCACUGAAACUCAAGAAAGGUGACGUUAUCGACAUAAUCAGCAAGCCCCCCGGAGGGACAUGGAUGGGUCUGCUAAACAAUAAAGUUGGAACGUUUAAGUUCAUCUACAUGGAUGUCGUGAAUGAUGAAGUGGAAAAACCAAAAAGACCAAGGAGGAGGAGGAGACGGGGAUGCAAACAGCCCAAACCCCAAACUGUUCAGGAGUUACUCCAGCGAUUUGAUCUGGAGCAACACAUGCCAACUCUUUUGUUGAACGGCUAUGAGGACCUGGACACGUUUAAGCUGCUGCAGGAGGAGGACUUGGACGAACUGGACAUUCUGGAACCAGAGCAGAGGUCCCAGCUACUGCUGGCUGUCGAACUCCUGCUUGACUAUGACAGUAAGCCCAGCAUCUUUGUUUGCGGUAACAGUGACAAGGAUCUGGUGGCUGAAUGCGCCCCCCAGGAAGCUUUGUCUCACUAUUCCAUUAAGAAUGCCGGCUCGGGCCAGCAGAGACAUUCUGCGUGGGACUCUGGCUGCUUCGAGGAGAGUGGAUUUCCUGACAACGGAAUGUACCUCGGAAAAGACAACCAGCCAACUAUAGAAGGCAAAAACAGGAAGUCCUGGCCAUUAGUGACGGCAGGGUUGGCAAAUCUCGAGUUGACGUUCAAAUGUCCGCCAUCAGAAUACCUGGCGAUUCAACCCUCAAACUCUUUUGAGAACCUCGAUUGUGGAAGGGAGGAGAAGCACGCCGCAGGGUCUGACGGCCUGCCCAGUUCACCCUAUGCACGGUUUAAUUGCACCAGCCGUUCAGUGCCUGUCAGACGGUGCCAGAGACUGCGGACCAGCGUUAGCUGUGAGGACCUGGCGUGUCUCCGCUCUGGUCAGAAGCAGAGGCAAAGAUCUCGCUCUUUCGCCGAGCUGUGCCGAGCUGCCCGUUCUCCAUCGAAAGCUAAUUCUAGUGCAGGAACGAGCGCCGCCCUGCCUCGGCAAACCGAGCCCGGCACGGCGCCUGGAACCUCCGGCGAGAACAUUCCGGGAAGCGGUGCAGUGAGGUUCUGCGGGCCAAUUCCAGUUUCUGAUGGUGUCCUCGGGGAACCCCAAGGAGAACAGUGCCGCACUGCCGAACUCCAGACGGCACCGGCAACGGCCCCACAUAACCGUUCAGGAGAGAAGAACGAGUUCUUUCCGGUAGCAAAGUGUGACCAAGUGUUGCCCAGUCCAACAGUGGUCACACCACCUCAGCAAAGACAGCCUCCUGCGGAUGAUUAUAGAGACAGGGUGGUGACCUGUAGCUCGGCAAAAGAUAUGGAAAUUAGGACUGAAAAUAAGGCACAUCAUCCUUCUCAGCCACCCCCCGUGCCUGCCAAGAAAUGCAGGGACUAUAUGAGGAAUGGAAUACAUGCUGGGCCACAUCUAGUGAACAACUCCAAUCCUUCCAUCAGUAGCAGGUAUGGACUGGUGUCCAAUUUGCACGUGCAAUGUCCCGCCGCAGAGCCGGCCAGGUCGCUGUUGGUCACUCAGACCCCCUGUUCACCAGAGACUGCAUUGCCAGACACCUCCUGCACACCACAGUUGAGAGUUAAGCUGUGUCCGGCCUCUGGAAGGAAGCCACUCCGAAUGAGAGAAGUAGAACUGGAAACAUUAGUAGAAAACAAGUUAGAAUUGGAAGCAACUGAUCUCACAGAGAAACCCUACUCUGAUAAGCAUGGUCGCUGUGGGAUUCCGAUGGCACUGAUACAGAGCUAUUCAGAGGACUUGCAGCAUUCAGCAGAGCAGGUGGCUGUUGCUCUGGAUCUUGUAAGAGUCAAGCAGCUUCGCAAGCAGCAUCGAAUGGCAAUUCCAAGUUCCUUCGACAAGAUGAGCAGAAAGUCGACAGUCGUAGAAACGACCAAGUCUUUGCGGAGCUGAUCGUCAUAGGACCGGCAUGUAUAUCAUCACAUCAUCAGCAUCUGAUGCAGUACUCCGAGGCAUUAGUUAGAAACCUGACAGAAGUAAGUUGGGCAGGUGCCCAGGGUAACCAGGUGUGAACAAAGACGGGCACAAGGUGUCUUCCAUUCCCUCGCUCUCCACCAGUGACAGAUUCUUGAACGUGCGACCUGUUGGUGAAAUGAGUGACGUAAGAAGCGGGGUGGAGCUGAAAUGCCCAUCAUCAAGUUGCCUAGGGUAAGAGUGGGGUGAUGGUGAGAAGCUCUCUUGCCACUUUGGUAGGGAGGGCUUCCAUGGAGAUCAUUGUCAGUGUGAUUUUUCCUCUCCACCAUCAUUCAUAUGCACACUGCAAAAUCAACCAGCGCUGUAUCAAAUGAUCACCGGACAUUUCUCGGGUACAGCACAUGCAUAGAACUGUUGAUCAAGUCCAUUGUCAAUGUGUGGCCAGCCCUCUCACCUCCCAUCGUAGGCUCAUACUCACAGUGUACAAAGAUCCUUCCAACUGCUCACUUGUGGUUCCUUCUCAGAGUGUGAAUGUUCUCCGUGUCCAUUCUGGGCCACCAUCAUAUUGAAGAUCCUUCUCGCUCUCCAUUCUAAGGCCACACUCAUUGUAGCUUGAUUCCGUUAACUCCUCAGGCAAUUAUCCAAUACUAUUCGCUUUGCCAUACUUGACAAAUAGUGCAUUAUUGUGACCUGAAGUGAAAAUGUGCCAACACUCCAAUACCUAAAACACAUCCCCGUAUUAUUUUAUAGUGCUUGCAAAUUAGCGGGAGGUCUUGGUGACCUUGGACCUGUCUGAAUUAUGUUGCAUCUCUGUGCCAUGUGUCACAUUAUCCGUGAAAUAGAAAUCCUCUAAAGUGGAAAUAGAAAUGGGACAUUCCAGAAAUGUUUGUACAUACAAGACUGAGGAGGGCGAGUCCAAUCAAACAACAUUGAGCUCAUCAGGUGUCAUUUGUAAGUUAUUGAGUUAGAAAUCCCAUCUUACAACUCACAGUAUUUCUCCAAGAUUCCAGGAAUCAUGUACUACCAUUGUUCCUGGGCCCCAAAGAAGGAUUUUACUUUUUGAUUUCAACUCAAGAUCCUGGCAAGUUGGGUUAGCCUCGUGAAGGUGUAACAAACCAGAGUUCUCAUUGGGUUAUGCAAGGAAUUCCCUAAAUUGAAUUACUUGCUCAGAACAUGAUGGAAAACAUUGGAUGCUCCACUGAUUAAAGUCUUCUUUAGCCACUGCAUGUUCCACCAGACAAUAGAUAAUAGGUACAGGAGUAGGCCUUUCGGCCCAUCUAGCCAGCACCACCAUUCACUGUGAUCAUGGCUGAUCAUCCACAAUCAGUACCCCUUUCCUGCCUUCUCCCCAUAUCCAUUGACUUUGCUAACUUUAAGAGCUCUAUCUAACUCUCCCUUGAAAUAAUCCAGAGAAUCGGCCUCCACUGCCUCUGAGGCAGAGAAUUCUACAGAUUCCCAACUCUGGGUGAAAAUAUGUUUCCUCAUCUCCAUUCUCCAUGGCUUUUUAUUCUUAAACUGUGGGCCCUGGUUCUGCACUCCCCCAACAUCGGGAACAUGUUUCCUGCCUCUAACAUGUCCAAUCUCUUAAUAAUCUUGUAUGUUUCAAUAAGAUCCCCUCUUAUCCUUCUAAAUUCCAGUGUAUACAAGCCCAGUCGCUCCAUUCUUUCAACAUAUGACAGUCCCGCCAUCCUGGGAAUUAACCUCGUGAACCUACGCUGCACUCCCUCAAUAGCAAGAAUGUCCUUCCUCAAAUUUGUAGACCAAAACUGCACACAAUACUCCAGGUGUAGUCUCACCAGGGUCCUGUACAACUGCAGAAGGACCUCUUUCCUCCUAUACUCAACUCCUCUUGUUAUGAAGGCCAACAUGCCAUUAGCUUUCUUCACUGCCUGAUGUACCUGCAAGCUUACUUUCAGUGGCUGAUGUACAAGGACACCCAGAUCUCGAUGUACUUUCCCGUUUCCUAACUUGACACAAUUCAGAUAGUAAUCUGCCUUCCUGUUUGCCACCAAAGUGGAUAACCUCACUAUUAUCCACAUUAAACUGCAUCUGCCAUGCAUCUGCCCACUCACUCAACCUGUCCAAGUCACCCUGCAUUCUCAUAGCAUCCUCCUCACAAUUCACACUGCCACCCAGCUUUGUGUCAUCUGCAAAUUUGCUAAUGUCACUUUUAAUCUCUUCACCUAAAUCAUUAAUGUAUUCUGCCCCAGAUCCCAUAAAUUCCAUUCCUCCCCUUUCCCACUCAAAUCCACUUAGUGUUCCAUCCAGAAAUUCCACGUACAAAGUAUUUAAAGUAGCAAUGUAACCCUCAAGCCAGUUCUUGGACUUCUGUACAACUAACUCUGGUUCUUUCAUCAAAAAAGUGCAGAUGCUGGAAACCUGAUAUUAAAGUGGAGAAUGCUGGAAACACUCAGUGAGUCAGGCAGCAUCUGUGGAGAGAGAAACUGAGUCAAUGUGUCAGAUUGACAAAUCUGUUCAGAUGGAGGGUCUCUGAGUGAAUCCCAAACUCUCUUUUCUGACCUUAAACAUAAGCUUAUUUCUGAUGAAGGGUCUUUGAUCCAGAACGUUAAUUGUUUCUCCCUCCACUUUUGCUAUCCAACUCGCUGAGUGUUUCUCAUCAUUUUCUGUUUUUGUUUCUGGAUACUCAAUAAUCCCUUCUAAUUUCCAUCGCUUGGCUUUUUAAUAUUACAAGUUGUUUUGUGAUAUUUGAUAUUAUUUCAUUUUGAAUAAUUAUACAAUAUUUCAUUUUGUAUAAUCUUCUAAUUUUUCAUCUGGGUUUGAAGCUACUUAGAACUGGGUCAGAUUAUCGAGACGCACUCUGGUCAGCGUCCGAGUCUCAUGUUAAAUGUUGCCAGCAAAAUUAAAAUACUGAAAAGCAGCACAAAAUUAAACUGAUGCACUUUUUGUAUUUGAGAAUAUUUAAGUAACUUAUUAUAUGUUUCUUUUCCUUAACAAUGUAACUAUAACAUCCCAGUAGCAAAAUCUUGUAAAAUGUAGUCUAUCAGAAGUUGUACCUUAUGUAACUUGAGGGUAUGUAUUGUAUGUGUAAAUAUUCUUAACUUGUUUCGUUUAGCAGAAUAAAGUAACAGUUGGACAAAA